UAUUCUUUGCAGGAUACAUAUGCCGGAAGCAAUUUCUACGACGGCUUCAACUUCUUCACAGACCCGGACCCGACUCAUGGUUUCGUCCAGUAUGUAGACCAGGCAACAGCCGUCAGCAGCGGCAUCCUUGGAUACGGUACAGGCAACACUGCUAAAUGGGGCGUGGAUGACACCAAUGUGCUCUAUGCCAACUCUACUGGUCGCCAAUCAGUACGUCUUGAAGGCAAGGUCAACUACAACCAUGGUCUCUUUCUCGCCGACAUCAAACACAUGCCCGGUUCGAUUUGCGGCGUCUGGCCUGCCUUCUGGACUCUCGGCGACUCGACCUGGCCUGCUCAUGGAGAACUCGAUAUCAUCGAGGGUGUCAACAUGGCCUCCACCAAUCAAAUCGCCGCUCACACUGCUCCCAACUGCACCAUGAAAUUCCAAAAUCAGACCGGCUGGGCUAAUGGUUAUGACUGCGCCGUCAGCACAGGAGGCGCUGCCGGCUGUGCCACAGGCACCAACGACCAAACCGGCUAUGGCGAUGGCUUCAAUGCCAAUGGCGGCGGUGUCUACGCCAUGCAAUGGACCUCCGAAUUCAUGAAAGUGUGGUUCUUCCCUCGCAACGCCAUUCCCGCAUCCAUUUCCUCCGGCUCACCUUCUCCUGCUCUCGACUUUGGAACACCCGUCGGCAAUUUCGAUGGCGGUAGCUGCGAUAUUGAUUCUCACUUUAUCAACCACCGUAUGGUCUUUGACACUACGUUCUGUGGCGAUUGGGCGGGUAGUGUGUAUUCGUCCACUAGCUGUCCUUUGGCUAGCACAAGCAAUGGUUGUAUUGAAUAUGUGGCGGGUAAUCCUAGUGCGUUCAAGGAGGCGUACUGGGAGGUUAACUACAUCAAGGUGUUU